AUGGACAAGUACACGCGCAAGACCAAACCUCGCACGGCAAGGUCGUCGCAACCCGGGGGGACUCCACUCUAUCGUCUUCCCCCUUCACACAACGUCACUCCCGCACCACCUGCCCUCGUGGGUCCUGUUCUCCCGGCGCGCGUCUCGACACCCGAUCACGUCUCUCCGCCUGCAACGCAGGAGCGAGAUGAGCAAGUCUCUCGUCCCACGUCGACCUCCCUCUCGCAAAAACCGCGAAAGCGAUUCCGCAAGAAAGUGAAUGGCCUUUUCGGCGACCAAACUGACCUCAAAAGACGAAUGUCUAAGCUUUUGCGCGAAACCGAUACGACAGCCCUGCUUCGCGAUGACGAAUCAGACCUCACUCAAAGUAACUUACCGCAUCAACCCGCGUUUCAGCCCCCCGUUGCCGUUCUUCCGUCUCCAGAGACAGUCGUGCGGAAACUGAAUGAAGUGGCCAGAAGAAGCAAGUGCGUACCACCCGGCGAGAAAGCGCAUCAUACGACCUCAAGUCCAUCUCAUACCGUUGCAAAAGAAACCUCCUUGAACCCUAGUACAAGCUUGGAUUCGUUUGAUAGUCCGGAAUUUGUCGCAACCGCCAGUCGCGCAUUAGGGUCUCCAGCAAGGUUGCGUGCCGUGCUGAAGAGCAUGGGUCGUCUCAGUCCAAGAAGCAAUGAGCGUUUCAUUGACGAACUGCAGUUAGGAUUAACCCCAACCCCUGCGGCGUCGCAAGAGCAGGAAUUCGAAAAUGCAGUCUUGGAAGACAUCACAGAGAAGAUUGAGCCACCUGAGAUACCGAGCGUCGACUCUUCCGAGCUGGAAACCGAAAACCGCCCCGCCUUGUUGUCGAUGUCCCCGGUAUCUGUUGAAAGAACAGCAGCGCCUGCCGUUUUACGCAGGAAGGUGCGACGACUGGACCGUGGAUAUCGGUCUGCCGACGUACUGCGCGCCCGGCUUCAAGGGUCGACACUUUCAGAGAUAGCAGCAUCACCAACCUCCCGAAGGCGUGGUGAAAAGGCAACAAGAUGGCGUACAAAAAUCCGAAGAUUAGAUUUGGGAGAAGGGGAUGAUGUUGUAGACAGCCAUCAACCGAAACGACAGCGCUCCGCGGCUUCUCGUGUCGAAAGCCAAGAGGAAUCAGAUGGAAUAUACUCUGACGGUGCUCCUCCGAAAAAAAGAAAAGUGCGCGAGGAAUCUGAGAGAGACGAACGCGCUGAAAAUGAAGACACUUACAAUGCCAGUGACCCCCUCGCGAUCUUAGUCGAUGCAGCAGCAGCGGAGGAACAGAAGCAGCGAAAGUUUGAGCGAGGAGGGAAAGACUCGUCAAGCAACCGGACGGAGGGUGGUACUGUUGGGGCGGGGCAGAAAUCCUCAAAAGAACGCCGCCGGAAAAGGAAAAGUACCUCGCGGCAAAGAGUAUUAGUGUCAGAUUAG